AUGAUUCAUAAUGUUUCACAACGAAUUAAAAAUAUCUCAACGUCCUCGGAAUCACAUCAUGCAGUAGCUAUACUUCAACGUGUCCUAUCCGCUUCUGUAACGGUAGACAAGCAGCUGAUAUCUUCAAUUGGGAAAGGCAUAUUAGUAUUUGCUGCUGUGGCCCCUGGUGAUACAGAGAAAGACGCAGAAUCAUUGGCAGCAAAGGUCCUCAAGAUGAGAUUAUGGGAUGAUGAAAAUGGCGGUAGGUGGAAACAAAGUGUACAAGAUAUCCAAGGGGAAGUUCUCUGUGUCUCACAAUUUACAUUGCUUGCCUCAACGAAGAAAGGCUCAAAGCCAGACUUCCACGGAGCUAUGGGAGGGGAAGAGGCUAAGCAAUUGUAUCAACUUUUCGUGGAAAAAGUUCAACAAGGUUAUAAGUCAGAAAGAGUCAAAGAUGGCGUGUUCCAGGCAAUGAUGGAAGUGGCUCUGGUGAAUGAUGGCCCAGUAACACUGGAAAUGUCAACCAGGUCAAAUGAAAAGAAGGCAUGA